UGUACAACUUUGACAGCGAGCUCUGAGCUCAUGAAAAAAGAAAAAAGCGAAGAGUUUGUGAUGGGUUUCUAAUAAAUAAUAUAAAAUAAUUUCCUCAACAACUCAACAUAAAUUACAAUAAAACGAAAACCAAAAGGAAUGUGUUUAACAAAAUAAUAACGGAACUAUUUUUAAAUUACUAAACCUUGGCUAAAGAAACCAUGAUUUGAUAGAUGUAGAAAAUAAUCUCCUAGAAUGCAAUUAAAAAUGCUAUCUGCCCAAAUCUGAAUGUCUAAGAAUGAUUGAGAGUGUCUCUAAAAGAGCAUUCAGUGGUUCUAGUGGUACCUAUAACGUACAUGCUUUAGAACUGGCUGCAGCAAGAGAAAGAAAAUUAAAAACUCUCAGUAUUACAGUAAAAUUCUUGGAUGAUACUGAGCAUGUUUUUCAUGUUGAGAAACGUGCAAAAGGGUCCAUCUUACUGGAACAAGUGUAUCACCACCUUGAGUUAGUGGAAAAAGAUUAUUUUGGCCUACAGUAUUCAGAUAAUGGCAGUUUGCCUGGAAAUCGAUGUUCAGUGUGGAUGCAUUGGUUAGAUCCGUCCAAAUCAAUUAAGAAGCAGCUGGGAACAUGCCAAUAUGCAAUAUAUUUUAGAGUUAAGUUUUAUGUAUCCGAUCCAAGUAAACUCCAAGAAGAAUAUACACGAUAUCAAUUUUAUUUACAAUUAAGAAGAGAUAUUUUAGAGGGAAAAUUAUAUUUACCUCCUAGUACUGCCAUACUUUUAGCUAGUUAUACUGUACAAUCCGAAUUAGGUGAUUAUCAGCCUGAAGAACAUGGAUCAAAUUAUCUAUCAAACUUGCAACUUAUUCCUAAUCAAACAGAAGAUCUUGAAAACAAAAUAUCAGAGUUGCACAAACUUCACAAGGGUCAACUACCAGCAGAUGCUGAAUUUAAUUUCUUGGACCAUGCAAAACGUCUUGAAAUGUAUGGUGUAGAAUUAUAUAAAGCAAAGGACAAUGCAAAUAAAGAAAUUCAGUUGGGCGUUACACACUUAGGUCUAGUUGUCUUCCAAAAUAACAUUAGAAUAAACGUUUUCUCUUGGUCAAAAAUUAUGAAAAUUUCAUUUAAAAGAAAACAAUUUUUUAUACAACUUCGUCGUGAACCGUCCGAAUCUUAUGACACUCUACUUGGUUUUAAUAUGGAAACAUAUCGUUCAUCAAAAACCCUUUGGAAAUCAUGUGUAGAACAUCACACUUUCUUCCGCUUACACUCGCCGAGAGUAAAAAGAAAAUUCCCAUUAUCACUUGGUUCGAAAUUUACUUAUUCUGGUCGUACAGAGUAUCAAACAGUGACAGAGGUGAAACAAAGGGGAAUUCUUGAGAGAAAGUUUGUUAGAUCUCCAAGUAAAUAUUUGAGCCAACAAGCUGUUCAGUCACCACCUGCUUUAGAAGACAAAGGGAAGAUUCCGACUGCACCUGCCAGACCUCCGGGGCCUUAUGCUCAUAAAGUUACGUCUUUGGACACCAAAGAGCCUAAAAAGGCAUGGACUGAAGAUUCACGGAUGUCAGAUGAUGACGGUGGUUUUCUUGAAAGAACUCUUGAAGGUCCUUUUUCUCCUGGUAUUGCUGGAAGAGUAAUGAGUUAUGCAGAUGAAGAACCACCUUCACCAACCUCAAAUGGCCUUUAUGACACACCUCCAUAUAGUUUGAGUCAUUCACCUACAUCUCAAAUAAUAGAUGACAGCUUAGUAACAAUCAUUUUACAUCCUGAUGAAGAGGGAAAAUAUGGAUUUAAUGUUAAAGGUGGAAGUGAAGGAAAUGUACCUAUCUUAGUGUCAAGAGUAGCCCCAAAUACUCCUGCUGAGAAAUGUGAUCCAAGGCUUACAGAAGGUGACCAAUUAUUGCAGAUAAACGGCCACGACGUUUCACAUGCACUUCAUCAAGAUGCUGUCACGCUAAUUCAAGAAGCUAGAUCCUCAAAUUCUGGGAAAUUAAUUUUAAUCGUGAAAUCCAACGUACUGUAUCAAGGAUAUGAAGACUUUGAAGAACCUCCUUAUCAGUAUGUUCCAGCUGGUGAUACGGAGCCCUCUUCACCAGGAAAUGCUCUACAACAGAGUAUGCUGUUGCUGGCCGAUGGUUUGGCGAGUGGCGCUCUUAUUGCUCGAUAUGAAACUUUAUUCAGAAAGCAUCCUGAUCUCACCUCUGAUGAAUCACUUAAACCACCUAAUAUCAACAAAAAUAGAUAUAGGGAUAUCUUACCUUAUGAUACAACCAGAGUAAUUUUAAAAAAUGGCAUAAAUGGCGAUUAUAUUAAUGCGAAUUUUGUGAAUAUGGCAAUUGCCAACACUGAGAUAGUCAACCACUAUAUAGCGACUCAGGGGCCUUUAUCUUCAACUACAGAAGAUUUUUGGGAGAUGAUUUUGGAAGAAGACUGCAAUUUGAUAGUGAUGCUGACCACUCUUAUUGAGAGAGGUCGUACAAAAUGUCAUAAAUAUUGGCCAGAUCUAGGAGAAAUAUUAACCCUGCAGAACAUCAUUGUGAAAUGCAUUGAUGAAGAGACUGAUCCUUCGGAAAGUUUUGUUUUUAGAGACUUUGUUCUUAUUGAUGUUAAGAACAACGAGUCCAGAGAAAUAAAACACAUGCAAUAUAUAGCGUGGCCUGACCAUGGAGUGCCUGACUCGCCUCAACAGUUCCUUGCUUUUACCGAGAAAGUAAGAACCACGAGAAAAGGUUCUGCACCAAUUGUCGUUCAUUGCAGUGCAGGUAUAGGAAGAACUGGAGUUAUGGUUCUGAUGGAAACGGCUCUUUGUUUAAUGGAAGCCAGUGAACCUGUGUACCCUUUAGAAAUCGUUAAAACUAUGAGGGAACAACGAGCCAUGAUGAUACAAAAUGCUAGUCAAUAUCGUUUUGUCUGCGAAAGUGUGCAUGCUGCCUACAACGAUAAAAUAGAAGGCGAAAAAACAGAAAGCUAACUAAUGCAAUCAGUGGAAUAAAACUUGUAAAUAAAAGUUUAAAUGUAUUAAAGUAUAUAAUUUAGAUCGACAUUUUAUUAUGGAACAUUUUUAGAUAUACCAUUUGAUACAGAUUUUUUUUAAUUUGUAAAAUAUAUAUGUAUCUAAGUUUUUGUUAAGUUCGUAAUAUUGAAAUUACGAUUAUUAAGAUGUCUCUUCAAAAGUAGAUGGUCAUAAGUGAAUAAUAUAUGGAAUUAAAACAUUUUUAUGAAACGUGUAGUAAUUCUAUAUAAGUAUCCGUGUACAAAAUUAUAACAUAUAUUUUACAUGAACAUAUACCUAAAAAUAUGCGAUAAUUUUGUGUAUGACUACGACUACAUUAGUUAUAUACUUUUCUGUUUUUUAAGGCUCAAAGUAGAAUAUUUUGCAAUUUUUCUUUGCAAAUAGAUAUACUUUAUAAUUAACCAGUGAUUAUCAUUAUUUAAUAAAAAUAUGCUGAACAAGUCAUAAUGCUUUGGUAUAAUUAAAUAAUUUUAGAUAACUGAUUAAAUUGAGUUAAUUUAAAAGAAGUCAUUUUUCUUCUAAGUUAAAAAAUUAUGUUUGUGAAACUGCUGUAUCAGUUGGUUCAUACUAAAAAUUGUGUCGUUGAUAAUUAGAAAUGUGAUUCCAUAAGCCUUAAAUAACCAUAGACCAUGUAAACUAUAUUUUCAUCCUACCUUUUUAGGAUAAUAAAUGAUUUAUGUGUUUUUUAUAACAAUAAAUGAAAAAAAAAAUAAUGUGUUAAGGUGAUUACAUCAUCUGUUCAAAGGAAUAUUGCCUUUUAAAGUGAUUCCUAACCUAAAAAAAAUAAAUUGUGAAUUUAGUAAAAUUGUAAUUAAUAUUUAGUUUGUUUGCAUGUUUUUUACAUUUAAUAUAAAGUAUUAA